UGCUCUCAGUCCCCAUCCAGCAAAUUUGAGCCCAUAGCCGAGUCGCACCAGGGAAUUCUUCCCGUCCAUGGCCAUGAGGGUCGACUCGGCAAUCCUCGCCGUCGUCGUCGCCUUCCUCCUCCCCCUCCGCCUGCUCUCCCUCUGCGCCCGCCUGAACUCCUCCGGUAGCGCAGGCGACCUCCGCCGAUCCUGCUCCGCCCUCGCCAUCGCGGCCGCGCUCCUAGCCACCUUCUUCGCCCUACCCCGCCACGACGGCGGUCGCACGGGGCAGUGCGCCGCCUCCGUUGGUUCCCCUUGGGAGGAGGGCACCGGUCGAGAGGUUCGGUUGGAGAUCGAGCAGCUGAAGCUGCAGCUCUACCGAUUGGAAUCAUUGUGGGAAAACAAAUCAAAAGCACCAGAUGACAAAGGUGAUGCUUCAGAGGAAGAUGCCGAGUUUGUGAAAGCGAUGGGACUGGACAUUCAGGCUCUGAUCAAGGAACAGGAAAACAUUAAGGAAUCAUUAUGGAGUUCUGGCGGUACUAUCAAAUCUGUCGAAAAUGAGGUACGAAUUCUGGCGGCAGAAUCCAGAAAGAUGAACUCUGAUAUUUACAAUGUGUGGUCAUUGGCCAACGAUACGGAGAAAACGGUUGAAGCUCUACAUUCAGAUGUCCAAAAGGCUCAAAUUAUAAUGGAUGAAUCAAGGAAGAUGAACUCUAAUGCUCACCAGAUAUGGUCAUUGGCAAAGGAUACAGCAAAAAAGGUCGAAUCUCUGUAUACAGAUGUUGCAAAGGUUCAAAGUGUAAUUGAUAUAUCAAAAAAGAUGGAAUCUAAUAUACACAAAGCAUGGUCUUAUGCAAAGCAGACAGAGAAGAGGGUUGAAGAUAUAUGUUCAGAUGUCAAAAAGGGCUUCAAGAAGAAGGCCUGGAUGAGCUGAUAGCGCCGUCGACUUGACAGGCUAGCAUUGGCCUGGGCCUGGAGUAAUGUACUCCCUCCGUCCCAAAAUUCUUGUCUUAGAUUUGUUUAAAUACGGAUGUAUCAAAUCACGUUUUAGUAUUAGAUAUAUCCGUAUCUAGAUGAAUCUAAGACAAGAAUUUUGGGACGGAGGGAGUAGUAGAGAAGCCACCCGGCCUUGCAUCUGCGAACCUGUAAUGCCCCUUGAUAUUGUAUGACACGUUUACGGUUGUGUCGUGCGCGUUGUGGACACGAUCAUGCUGUGUUUCGGAUCUGACUCACUCGCUUCCUGUUUCUGUGCCGUCAUGGUAAUGUAUAUAUUGAUGAUGUGCAGCGGUAAUGCAAUAACAUGCGACUUUCAGGACUC